AAAAAAUCUGAGAAAUAAGGAGAUAGAGAGAGAGGCGAGAAAUAUGGAGAGUGGAACAGAGAGCUAUAUAAAUAUACAGAGAGAGAUAGAGAGAGAGAUAAAGUGAGGAAGAGAUUUACCUGUAAUGGUGAAGAUGAAGCCAUGAAAACUCCUCUGAAGGUGGUGAUUAAUGAGAGAGAAGCACAAGUGAUAAAAGUAUUUUUAAAAUUUUUUAAGAUUAUCCAAAAUCUGUUUUUAAACUCCAUUCUCUGGUUUUUAAUUUUAAAAACAAAAAAUAAAAAAGAGUUAUCAAACACAAUUUUUAUUUGUAUUUUUAAAUUUUUAAUUUUAAAAACAGAAAACCAUUUUUAAAAUGGUUACCGAACACAGCCGUUGAUUUUAAAAAUUUUAAAAACUUUUUCUCAGUUGGCUUAUCUCUCUUGCUUAUUUUCUCAGAAGCUCAAGUUGUCUUCCAUGGCUUCACAGAUUUGAAAAUGUAAAAGGAGAAUAUCAUAUGAUGAGAGUAGCUUGAGGAAGAAUUUUUGUUGUUACAGAAAAAUAAAUAAAACAUAAGAAGUUUCCAUAUUCAAACAGGACGUAAUUUUGAAGCAGAUUUGGCGUCAAAAUAACGCCGUGACAAACCAUAAAAAGCCUUCUCGAAAUUCGAAGUUUCCAUAGCCCACGAACCUUGUAGUAGUUUCUCUCACUCUUUUCUGUUGCUUCUUCAAAGCAUAAAAUGCCUGAAGAUUUCCACUUAGAGCGCCCUCUGUUCGGCGGUGCCUUAGCUAGCACCUUCCCUCAAAGGUUCCAGGACGUGAGUAAUAUUCGAGAAGUUCCAGAUCAUCAGGAGGUGUUUGUGGAUCCUUCCCGGGAUGAAAGUUUGAUCUUUGAGAUAUUAGAAUUGAAGGAAGAAGUUGGUGAUGAUGGAAGUGCUUCAUGGUUUCUUCAAGACCUUGCCUCUGAACAAGAAGCUGAAGGCUGCGUGGUGAUUGAACAGUCAGCAGUGACUGAGGCCCCUGGACUGUGCUAUAGGAGCACACCUGCUGUCAUUACAACUGCAGUAGGCCAAAUGGCUAUCUCUAAGGGACGGCAAGGUAGGGAAGCACAAAAUGUUGUGAGGGUAUAUAUUGCAAAUGUUCGUCUUAAAGAAGUUAACACGGAUAUCCUAAUUUCUGCAUAUGAGCCGAUUCGUAUAAAUCCAUUGAGUGAAAGUGCUACCGCCGUCGGGGCUGGUGCUGCCACUCCUGCCGAGCUUUCUGGAUGUACGCCAAUGGUUGAGGUCUUCAAACUUGCUCUCUCAACGUUUAAAGUCAACAACUGGGGCCUUUUUGGAAGUGUAUAGAUGAGUCAUAGGGCCAUGUAUAGAUUAUACAUGAAUAGGUUGUUUUAGAUUUAAUGAUUAUUUUUUGUUCAGAAAGAUUGUUGCCAGUCACCAAACUUAGUUUCUGUUGUCAUCUUCCAUUUUCUUUGAAUGUUGAACUGAAUGGCUUCUUGGUUUGGUGACUUUGGUCUCAGUCCUUUUUGUAGAGUUUGAAUUGUUAAAAUUACUUUCUGAUCAUCUCCCUCUCUCCGCUGUAGAUGUUACUGCAUGUGUUCAGUUUUACACAAUAAAAAUUAACCUCAUGGUACGGCUUUGUAAA